AGAAGCGCGUCCUUGCCUCAGUCUCUUGUCGCCGUGCCCGGCCCGCUCGUAGCGAAAAUCCGCUUCUUCGGGUUCCGGCUCCUCCUUCUCCUUAGCGGCCGCUGCCUUUGGUGAAUCCCCCACCAAGCCGGCCUGGGCUCCAGGUCUCUUCACAGGGCAAGGCUGGGGCCGAGGCGGGCUGGGGGUGACUGGCCGUUGCUCCCGCGCCUCCGCGGCGGAAGGCAGCACGCGGACGGGGCUCCUCCUUAGCGCGCGCACCCCUCGUCUGCUCCCCAAGGCCGGCCGCAGCAGCAAUAAGGGGGCCCGUGCUGCCCUCACGAAGGCCGCCAUGUUGGCUAUGGGCGUAAGCGUCGGACGGAAUUUCCUCCCCUUUCCUGAGUAUCGCGAGACUUCCGAUGCCAAUAGCAACGGCGUCCCUUGAUAGCCGCCCUGAAAACCGUAGAGAUUCAAGAGGUGUUAGAGUGGUAUUCUCGCUUUCUCCGAACUUCCGGUAAACAUUCGAGAGCUGCCAUUGGCUGCGAGUCUUUUGGAGAGGCAUAAAAGGGAAGAGUCACGCUCACAGUCAUUAUUAGAACUUUCGGUGUCACGCUUGUCACCAGACCUAUCGAGUAAUAGAGCGACACCAGUGUUCGUGGAAAAUCAUCAAUAACAAGCGUUCAAAACAAAUUUUAUCUAAAAUUCAAACUAGUUUUCCUUAACACUUUUUUUGUCUUUCACUCUUGGCACAAGAGUACUGUCGCUCUGAGCUGUAAACAUCUCGUCAGAUGAGAGUACUUCCUGUUCAAGUUGCUCGGCGCCGUGACGUCAUCGGUACGGGCCCGGAGAGGCAGAGAGGAACAGGCAAGCCAAAAAAGCUAAUCAAGCUACAGCGCUUGCUUGUGAACCACCGCUCUUGUCUGAACGGAUUUGUGAGGGGGGGGGGGAAGGCCCUGAAAAAAUAUGAAGGCUCGGCGCGCGCUGCACUUCGUAUUCAAAGUCGGCGACCGAGCUCAGACCGCGCGUUUUUACCGGGACCUACUGGGCAUGCGCGUUCUAAGACAUGAAGAAUUUGAAGAAGGAUGCAAGGCCACAUGCAACGGCCCCUAUGAUGGCAAAUGGAGUAAAACAAUGGUGGGCUACGGUCCAGAAGACAAUCACUUUGUCGCAGAGUUAACCUACAAUUACGGCGUUGGAGACUACCGCCUCGGCAAUGAUUUUCUGGGAAUGACUGUCGUGUCCAGCCAGGCCGUGAGGAACGCCCAAAAGCUGCAGUGGCCGCUCAAGGAAAUCUCGGCAGGCGUCUACGAAACGGAAGCCCCAGGAGGAUACAAGUUCUGCCUGCAAGACAAAGACUCGCCAAAGGAAGACCCUGUGCUGAAAGUUACCUUGGCCGUGUCCAGUCUGCAGAAGUCUGUGGACUACUGGUCGAAGUUGCUGGGCAUGAAGGUGUACGAGGAGGACGAAGGCAAGCAGAAGACCCUGCUUGGCUAUGCGGAUGACCAGUGCAAGCUGGAGUUGCAGGGUGUCGGAGGAGCCGUGGACCACGGAACAGCCUUUGGGCGGAUCGCCUUCUCUUGCCCCAAGGAAGAGCUGCCGGGCAUCGAAGCCUUGAUGAAAAAAGAGGGCCAGAAGAUCUUGACCCCUCUAGUGAGCCUGGACACGCCAGGGAAAGCCACGGUGCAAGUGGUCAUCUUGGCAGAUCCUGACGGCCACGAAAUCUGUUUCGUCGGGGAUGAAGCCUUCCAAGAGCUUUCCAGGGUGGACCCCAGCGGCGGGAAACUCUUAGAUGAGGCGAUGGCGGCCGACAAAAGCCACGAGUGGUUUGCCAAAUGCAACAUCCAAAAGCCUUCCGCGUAGCCUGGGCGGUGGAUCGGCCGGUCGGGGGUGCCUGUGCAGGGAACCUGGAAACUGAUGGUACUUUCCGAGCACAUGGAUGAGAAUUGCUGCUAUUGCCUGAACUCAUUUCUUUAAAAAUCUAAUUGCUUUUCCCUUUCCUCCUUUUUCGAAUCCAUGUUUAUUCCUUGUGUGUGCAAGCAUGGAGAGGAGACCUCUUGGCUUUCUAUCCAUCCUGUGUAGGUUUGAUGACUCACCAAACCAUAAUGCUGCUGCAUACUAUUGUUUUGUCCGCUGCUUGACAUGCAUACCUCUUUCCUAUUUUUUUUCUGUCCCUCUUAGGCAGCAAAAAACAAACAACAAAAACCCCAGGAAGAUUAUCUAACCCUUAAUAAGCUGCCAUAUGUAGGUGUGUUUUGGUGGUGGGGAAUCAUACUUUGUGCAGGACUGCGUUCAGUUUAGUCUUGCGAAUUUCGUUUGUAAAAACACGUUAAACAGCUCACUCUUUCUCUUUCCCACUGUGUUUUGAGGGAGUGGCGGUCGGGAAGAUUUAACUCCUUCGAUACGUUUUCACCCUUUCCGUCAGCCGUACAAAUUUCUGAGACGGGCUGGUCUUUUGAACCGUUGCAAAACCAAAAGAGUGAACGAUAUUUUUUUGUCCGCCUUUCAGCAAGGAUAGGACACAUCUGUAGCCCUCCAGAUGUCGUUGGGACUCCCAUCAGACCCAGUGGCCACACAUCAGGGAUGACAAGAGAUGGAGUCCAACAACAUCUGGAAGACCCCAGCUCCCUACAUCCUUAAUCAAAGUAGCCACAUUCCCUGCUGGACGCAAGAGAUGGAAGAACGCCUCUCUUUAGAAGAGCAUUCCCUCCUGAGAGGCCGCUUCUUCGAUCAAGGACAGAGAAACCUGUGGCCCACAGAUGCCGUUGGACUCCGACGGCCAGCAGCGAGCAUGGCCACUGGCCAGGGAUGAUGAGAACUGGAGUCCAGCAACGACUGGAGGGCCGCAGGUUCCUCACUUCUGUCUUAUAGGGAUCACUGACAGAUGACCACGCGAACGGCCCCCAAACCAUACAGAGGGCAUAUUUUUCUAAGCAUUCGCUUCCUCCUCAAGGCACGCUAGUUUUGGUUGGCCAGUUAUUUCCUGGAAAGCUUGUGCGACUGGGGACGGAAGAGGGCAGGGAGAAAGCAGACCUGUGACUUACCGUUAUUUGUGGAUUCCUUCUUUUCCUUCCAAAUGCAACCGCUUUGUUGUUCUAAAGAUGGCACAGCUUCGGGCAGGCAGACAGUUCCACCAUUCUGCGUGGCAGCUGUUCAACAGGUUAUGUCGCCAGCCGAGCGCCUCUCCCCACUGUCGCUUGGGGUUAGCGUGCCACAGUAUGUUCUUGCCUUUAAAAUGUAGCUUUGAGGUCACGCACAGUAAAACCGAUUCAAAGGCCUCUCCGCACAGAAUAGAAACUGCCUCAAAUAUCCAACUCUGCUACUGAGAAUUGUACAGAUGAGAUUUGCGGAAUAAAAAGCCUUUGGAUCCUGAA